AUGGAUGUCGUUCAAGCACACCAAAUGUUGAUGACCCGCUACGCUGUUCUGGUGCCAUACAUUAUCCUGAUAUACGACCAUAUGGCGACCCUCACAGAAGAGAUUGUUUUUAUUUGGUGUCGUCCGAAGGCGUUAUCUUCAGCGUUGUUUCUGCUCAAUCGCUAUGUCGCUCUGCUGGGAAAUAUCUAUGCAUUCAUUGACUAUUUACUGCCUGCCUCAGUUAGACUUAGCUGUUCGACAUAUCGACUAUCAAGGCAAGUACUCGCUUUCUUACAAGUGUUUAUCGUUUCUUUCAUAUUGGCUCUUCGCACUUAUGCUCUCUACGGCCGAAGCAAAUGCUUGCUUGCUUUUUUGGUAAUCAUCAUCCUUACCUUUGUGGGAGGAGCUUUUACGGGGACAUUUGGUCGUCAUUCAAAUACUGUGACCAACUUGCCAGGAGGAGGCUGCUAUCGAAUAUAUACAGCAAAGAUAGCUUUAAAAAUCGGAGGAUCACUGCAGUUAUCUCUGACAAAGUCCAGAAGAAAUAUCAUUGCUGUCAUGUUUCAGGACGGUGUUAUGUUCUUCGGGGUGAUGACACUGUUCGAAAUACCGAACAUCCUGACGUACUACCAUGGUUCGGAUAUGGUCAGGGGCUCUCUGCGCACAUUUACUAACUGCAUGUCGGUUACUCUAAUCUCACGGCUGAUGCUUAACCUGCAUAAGUCGGUCGACGCUGGCAUCCUCUCCGCUCCCACCUGGGACGAUGAUGACGGCCUCCUUGUCCUCACCACUGGACUCGACGUACAGUCCACGAAUUCCUCUCACUAUUGGUAG